GUCGUCACAAAACACUGGGAAUGUUAGGAACAACACCAACACACACGGGUCACUACAUCUCCCACUGGAAAUAUUGCUGAACAGAGUAGUUAAGAGGAAGACUUGUCAGGAAGGAUGAACCGGUCCUGUGUGAACUACUUGAAAACUUUGGUGAUAAGUCUCAACUUCCUGUGCUGGCUGUGCGGCGCCUUUGUGGUGGCCUUGGGGGAGUUCCAGAUGAUGCACUCCAAGUUCGCCUCCCUCGUCACCACCUUCUGGCCCAUCUUCCCCGCCAACACCUUGGUGGUCACCGGCACCCUCGUCACCUGUGUGUGUUACCUGGGAGUGUUCGGAGGCCUGAAGGAGAACCGCUGCAUGCUCAUCAGUUUCUUCGUCCUGCUGUUCAUCCUGAUGCUGGUGGAGUUAGCCAUGGCCUGUGUGUUCCUGGUCUACAGCAGAGAGAUUGACACAUACUUUGAGAAAGACCUGAUGCAAAGCCUGGAGAUCUACAGACAGUCCAGUCCAGGAAGCAACAUGACCAUUAAAGAUGACUUCGAUGCUAUCCAGUACCUGUUCAGGUGCUGUGGAGUUCAUGGUUCGGCAGACUGGAAGGGUAACGUCCCAAUCUCCUGCUGUAGCAGGAACCCCUGCAACACCCAAAUCCACCCAGACUGGCAAGAGGGUUGUCUGGUGAAACUGAGUGACUGGUUUUCCAGAAACUACCGUAGCACGGGCGCAGGCGUUGUCACCAUGUUUAUCCUACAGUUCAUUUGUCUGUCUGUCACUGUCCCUCUCUUUUGCCACUUCAGUCGACGUGGAUUGGGUUACCAGUGAAAAAGGGCCAAUAAAACUGACUUUCUGCAUGUCAACAGGUCGCUUUUUUCUGUAUAAACUUUUUAUUAAUCUUUUUCAAGUACCCAAUGAAAAAAAAGGCCAUUUUCAGCCUACAAAAAGUGAACCAACAGGAAAAAAGAGCUGUAGUUCUUUGACCAGGGACAAGCUGAGGCUGGCAGCUUAUUAUCCAUAUUGAAGAUGUCCUGUGAGGUGACAGAGCUUUGAAUGUGAUAUGAUAAACAUAAUAGGAGACAUUUCAUUUGUAGAUAGGGUUUGUCAUGAUUAUAUACGCUUCCUAACCCCCAAAGACCCCGAGAGAUCUGUUUCCCCAAUGAAUGCUAGACUAGGUGAUAUGCACUACUUUGGACACCUGUCCCUACCAGUUUGUUGGACUUCAAAACAUUUUGAACUCGACUUAGACAAAAUAGAGUUAGACAAAUCCGACAUGGAUAGUGAACCCUAAAAACAAUCUCCCCUAUAGGAUUUUCUGCCAGAAAUUAUUAUUUUAUAAUUUAACUUUUCUUUGAUUAUGUGCUUUCACUUGUUUUAAGCAGCUGGGAAAAAAAUGACAGUUAUACUUGUAAAUACUCUAAUAAAGACACAUGCUGAUUCAAACCCAGCUGUUUCCAUUUGUCCAAUAUUUUUGGUGUUCAGUCUUUGGUCUCUCUGAAGUCCAAGCUUAGACGACAGAUCACCUCAAUGUUAGAAGG